AUGUCUUCCAUCAGUCCUAAUGACCUUUCAAACCUAGAUGACAACUCCAAGAAGGAAAUUAUGACCUUUUUGGAGUCAGAGAACUCCAAGCAAAAGGUUCAGAUGUCCAUCCACCAAUUCACAAAUAUAUGCUUCAAGCAGUGCGCAUCGAAUGUCAGCAACGGUAAUCUGAGCUCCCAGGAAGAGACGUGUUUGAGAAACUGUGUCAACCGUUUUCUUGAUACCAAUAUUAGAAUCGUCAAAGGCUUGCAAGGCCUUCAGUAA